AUGGAGUUCGAUGCCAGUUUUCUCCUCAAAAUCCUCGUGGCAAAUGCGUUGCAAAAAAGGGAUGGCAAGGUAAUCUGUGCCAAAUUCGUGAGUUUCAAGCACAAUGCACAAGAUACAAGCGUCACUCGAAGCAUCACUCCCGUUUGUCCACAUUAUUCAAAUAGUCCCACUACGAAGUAAGUUUUUACGGUUAGCCGGAAGCGCGACUUGAGAAUAUAGAUUUAGAUGUCAUGUUAGCCUGAAAUUUCUUGUUUUUUUGUUUAAUUGUUAAAUUUCUUGUCUCCGGAUGUAUUGAAACUUCCUAUUAAUGUAUUUAAAUUUUAAUAUUUAGAGCGUUCAAGUAUGACAGAACUGAUGUCGCUGAUCUGCAUUACGUUUUUUCCUUGAAGGACAUUGACAAUUUGUAUGCUUAUGGCAAAAAUAAAAAUAACGCGUAAGUUUUUUGAAUUUAUAUACUGUGACGGAUGACGAUUUAAACAUUGAGAAGAAUCCCCUUCCUCUCAUUCUGCUGUUUGCAGGUAUUCUGGCCUUUUUUGAACUAAUUUUUUUCAAAUUUAUAAUAAAAAUUAUUGCUAAUUCUUUAACUUUUUAGGUUUUAUGCGUUUAACUUUAACCACGACAAGCCAUUUUAUAAUUUCUUUGAAACAGAAAAAAAGUAUUGGAUGGUUGGAAACGUAGUUCUGCUACAAGGAGACAAUCCUACGCUUUACUUUUUUAACGGCAAAGGUUUAGUACCCAUGAACAACAACGUUAAUCUUUUCUAUGAAAAAGUCGUUGGAAGUACGGAGACUGGCGACCUAUGGCUUCGUAAAGACAAAUGCAAGAAGCUCGAAGCAAAGGAAGACAACUACAACUUGGUUGAUUACGAUUGCAAAGAUCCCGAGCAACUGCUUUUAUCACUGGUAUGCGACUUUAUCUUUUUAUCUUAUUUACUCUUCUUUUUAAAGUUAUGUGACAUCAGGUAUAAUUUUUUAUUUUUUUAAAGUUUAUAUAUAUCUAUACUUGUAUAUAGACAUGUGAAAUGAGCCGGGCCUUAGUGUUAGGCCGAUCCGGUCAGAAUUUUUUUACGUGAAAAAAGCCGGGCUUUUCUUGGCUUUUUGGGGCGUGACUUGAUUUUCAGGCUUGACCAUACCUAAACGUUGCACAGGCCCGGCCAGAUGGUAGGCCCGGCUCGUUCUCCAUGUCUACUUGAUAUAUAUAUAUAUAUGCAAUAUGUAAAAUUGUUUAAUGCUUUUAAGACACGUUAUUGCAAUGUUUCAAAAGCAUAAAUUUUGUAAAUUUAAUAAAUUUUUGAAAAUUUGAAUUUCAGAGUGCACUGAAAGAAAUUGGCGCCAAUUUGAAUAAAGACGAGGCCAGUGCGAACGACUUUGCCAUAUUGUAUUAUGAGUGAGUGGUUUGUUAUCUUUUUUGUUGUACUGGUCAAAUAAAAGAAGUAUUUUGAAAAUAUUGACAACCCUUAUGUAAUAUGAUAUAUUGAAACUCUAGGCAAGCGUCCGCCACUAUCCCACCUACUACUACAACACUAAUCACCACCACUGAAACGGAAGCCCCUUCUGAUGACAUUGACUUAUUCACCACGUCAACUUGGUGAGUUUAGACUUGGGUUGGACUGGAUUUUUUCAUUUUUCUAGCUUGGAGAGAAAGGGAGGAGGGUUGUAGAGUAAAAAAAUUUCAAUUUUGUCUUGACUAUGCAAGUCAUUUAGGAGAACGCCAAAUACUACUGCCAAACUUGCACCAACUGCCACAUGGAGUUUUUGGGGAUUGGCCGUAGUAAGUUGAUAUUUUGUACUUUUUGUGAAAAGAUGUCAUGUUUCUGAAUUAAAAACGUUUAUUUGGCUAGUCUAUACUAUGUAAAUAAGAUAAAAAUCGACUUUUUCAGUAACGACAUUAAUUUGAAUAUUUUAGUCUUAUCGGAGCCAUUGUUGCUUGUGUUGUGAUUUUCGCAGCUGUCAUUUAUUGUACAUUCAAAUCCAAGAUCAAUAGAAUGUGUAGAAAUAUGAAAAUACAUUGGAAUGAGAGUAAAGAAAGUCGAUCGAAGAAAUUGGCGCUCCAUAAGUUGCAAAAGAAACUUAAAGGAUCUCGUAAAGACAAAAACGGGAAAACACAAAAGAAGACAUCCAAUAACUCCCAAGAUGGAAACAGUACACCUAAAAAGGCGGAGAAACUUAGACUCUCGGGAAAUUCGCAAGACAACGCAUCUAUUAGUUCUAAUAGUCAUAGCGCAGUGGAACCACAGAACCAGGAGGAGGAGAAUGUUCCAACAACCAGGGCGUCGACGCCGUCAGUUCCCAAUCAGGCGGCGGACUUUCCAACAGGCAGGGAGAAGACGGAACCUGGAACAUCCAAGCAGGGGACGGCGCGACCUGGAACAUCCAGUCAGAAGACGCAGGCAGAAACAUCACAAAAAGAGCAGGCGUCGCGAGGGGAAUCACGCAAGCAAGAGACGUCGGCAGCGGAAUCACAGGAUCAGGUGGCGCCGCAAAUGGGAACACCCAAGAGUAAGAGGAACAUGCCAGAAAAAUCGAAGAAGAAUAAAUGA